AUGGUGGCGGCUGUUAUUCCUAAGAAUUAUCAACAUAUCCUGGCAUUGGCAUUGGCAGUAAAGGAAAUUAAUGAAAAUCCUCAGAUCUUACCCAAUAUCACUUUGGGUUUUCAUAUCUACGAUAGCUAUUUCACUGCUAAAUGGACAUAUCAUGCCACAAUUCUCUUAAUAUACACCUUGAGAAGAUUUGUUCCCAGCUACAAGUGUGAUGUUCAGAAUAACUUGUUUGGAAUCAUUGGAGGGCUAGACCCCUUAACCUCACUUCAUGUUGCAAAUAUUGUGGACAUUUACAAGAUCCCACAGCUCAUAUAUGGUUCUGCUCCAGUGAUGAAUGACAAAACUCCUGGCCUACCCUUCUAUCAGAUGGCUCCCAAGGAAAUGCUUCAGUAUGAGGGAAUUCUGUCUGUGCUCCUGCAGUUUAGGUGGUUGUGGAUUGGGCUCCUUACUUUCAGUGAUGAGAAUGGAGACAGAUUCCUGCAAACUGUGUUGCCACUUUUUGCCAAGAAUGGCAUCUGUUUUGCCUUCAUAGAAAGGAGUCGAACAUUUUCUUUUGUCACAAAAAUACAUGAUAUGAUGAAAAGGGGGGCAAAAAUACAUGAUACCAUCAUUGAUAGUAAUGCCAACAUAGUAGUGCUUUAUGGCGAAUCUUACACCAUUGCACUUUUGAGGUGGUUUCCAUAUUUGUCAGAACAAGAAAAUAUAAGAAAUAAACCCAAAGGCAUAGUAUGGAUAAUAACAGCCCAGGCGGACCUCACUUCAAUGGUCUAUCAGAGGACAUGGGAUACAGAAAUAAUCCAUGGAUCUCUCUCAUUUACAAUUCACUCCAAUGAUCUGCCAAUAUUUCAACAAUUUGUUGCCAGCAGAAACCCAUCCAGCACAACAGGAGAUGGUUUUAUCAAGGACUUCUGGCAACAGACUUUUGGCUGUGUUUUCCCAACUGCAGAUGCAGGAGAGGUGAAUGGAGAUAUUUGUACAGGUGAGGAGAAGCUGGAGAGUCUUCCUGGGACCUUUUUUGAAACGAGUAUGACUGGACACAGCUAUAGCAUCUACAAUGCUGUCUAUGCAUUAUCUCAUGCUUUACAUGCUAUGUCCUCAUCUAGAGUCAAAUAUGGUGCAAUGGUGGACAAAGGACAGAAACAUCAGAAUCAACACUUGUGGCAGCUCCAUCAUUUUCUGAAAGGUGUAUUUUAUAACAACAGUGCUGGGGAUAGUGUCUCCUUUGACCAGGAUGGGGAAUUAGCAGCUGGAUUUGACAUUAUUAAUUGGAUUUUUUCCUCCAAUCAGUCCUUUAGUAAGUUGAAAGUUGGGAGGGUGGAUCCACAGGCUCCUCCAGAUCAAGUGUGCACCAUCAACAAGGACAUCAUAACCUGGCACAGGGGCUUUAACCAGGCCCAGCCUAUUUCUCUAUGUUCUGAGAGCUGCCAUCCUGGUUCUAGCAAGAAAGUGAAAGAAGGGGAGCCAUUUUGCUGCUAUGAUUGCAUCCCAUGUCCAGAAGGAAAGAUUUCAGACCAGAUGGAUAUGAAUGACUGCCAUAAAUGCACAGAGGGAAAUUAUCCAAACAGAAACCAGAAUUCAUGCAUUGUCAAGCAUAUAAGCUUUCUGUCUUACAAGGAACCUUUGGGGCUUACUUUAGCCUCUCUUGCUUUUUGCUUUUCUUUGAUCACAGCUUCAGUGCUUGUAAUAUUUUUGAAACUCCAUAAUACUCCAAUUGUCAAAGCAAACAACCGGGAGCUCACUUAUACUCUCCUCAUCUCCCUCCUGCUCUGCUUCCUUUGUGUUUUGCUGUUCAUUGGACAACCUAAUAAGGUGACCUGUAUCAUCCGGCAAGCUGCUUUUGGCAUCAUCUUCUCAGUGGCUGUAUCUUGUGUGCUGGCAAAAACCACCACAGUAGUUCUGGCUUUCAUGGCCACCAAACCAGGAUCCAAAAUGAGGAAAUGGGUGGGUAAAACACUGACCAAUUCUAUUGUUUUCUCCUGCUCCCUUAUUCAAGCAAGCAUUUGUACUUUAUGGCUAGCAACAUCUCCACCAUUCCCAGAUGCUGACAGACAUUCAAUAAUGGAUGAAAUUGUACUAGAGUGUAAUGAAGGAUCCGUGAUUAUGUUCUACUGUGUCUUGAGCUACAUGGGCUUCCUGGCAAUUGUCAGUUUAAUUAUAGCAUUCUUUGCUCGGAAGCUGCCUGACAGUUUUAAUGAGGCUAAGUUUAUCACUUUCAGCAUGCUGGUCUUUUGCAGUGUUUGGUUGUCCUUUGUUCCAACUUACCUGAGUUCUAAUGGAAAAUACAUGGUAGCUGUGGAGAUCUUUUCAAUCUUAGCCUCCAGCCUUGGCUUGCUGGUUUGCAUCUUUUCCCCCAAAUGUUAUAUAAUUGUGCUGAGACCUGAGCUGAACAACAAGGAUCGGCUAAUCAGAAGAAAAUCUGAAGGGGUUUAG